CCGCGGCGGACGUCGACGUCACGGUCCCGAGCGGCGUCUGAGGGGAGCCCGGCAAUGGCGGCCUCCUGCGCGGACAUCUUGCGGAGGGAGUUCCCAGAACUCGACGGGGAGAUGUUCGACUACGUGACCGGGGUUCUACAUAGUGGCAGUGCAGACUUUGAGUCAGUGGACGAUCUGUUUGAAGCGGUUGGAGAGCUUUUGCAGGACAUCUCCAGAGAUUCCAAAGAUGAUGAGGACAUCCGUGCUAUCUGCCAGCGAAUGUAUAAUACUCUACACCUGGACAGUGAAAACUCUGGAAGAGACACACAGGUGCUCCUGGAUGCCCCAAUUCAGAUUUCUAAGAUGGCAGACAAUUAUGAUUCCGGCUUGGACGCGCUGCCAGGGAUGCUGCUGAAGAGGAACCAGAACUCGAUGGUGAACUCCAAGAAGCUGGAGAAAGCAGAGGCUCGCCUCAAGGCAAAGCAGAAUAAGAAGCAGGAGCGAGAUUCUUCUAAAUCUGGGAACUCACUAGUGCUUGAAGAGGCGUCUGCCAGUCAAGCUGCCAGCAAGAAAGAGACACGCCUGGAGACGUCAGGCAAGAACAAGUCCUAUGAUGUGCGGAUUGAAAACUUCGAUGUGUCCUUCGGUGAGCGUGUCCUCCUCACAGGUGCAGACUUGAACCUGGCCUAUGGACGGCGGUAUGGCCUGGUGGGCCGGAACGGGCUGGGAAAGACCACCUUGUUGAAGAUGAUUGCCAGCCGCAGCUUGCGCAUCCCCUCCCACAUCAGCAUCCUCCACGUUGAGCAGGAAGUGGCAGGGGAUGAUACGCCAGCCCUGCAAAGCGUGUUAGAGUGCGACACUACCCGCGAGAGCCUACUGAAGGAGGAAAAGGAGCUGACAGCCCGAGUCAAUUCUGGAAGAGGAGAAGGUACCGAAGGCACCAGAUUGUCUGAAAUCUAUGCUGCGUUAGAAGAGAUUGAGGCAGACAAGGCCCCAGCAAGAGCAUCGGUUAUUCUGGCUGGACUGGGAUUCAGUGCAAAGAUGCAGCAACAGACAACCAAAGAGUUCUCAGGAGGCUGGAGAAUGAGGCUGGCUUUAGCUCGUGCCCUUUUUGCUAGGCCUGACCUCCUCCUGCUUGAUGAGCCAACCAACAUGCUGGACGUGAAGGCGAUCAUCUGGCUGGAGAACUAUCUGCAGACUUGGCAAUCAACAAUCCUGGUGGUAUCCCACGAUCGGAAUUUCCUGAACGCUGUGGCCACUGAUAUUAUCCACUUGCACUCGCAACGGCUUGACAGCUACCGUGGUGAUUUUGAGAACUUCGUUAAGAUCAAAGAAGAGCGACUGAAGAACCAACAGCGUGAAUAUGAGGCCCAGCAACAGUAUCGGGAGCACAUCCAGGUCUUUAUUGAUCGAUUUCGCUAUAAUGCAAACCGAGCAUCUCAAGUACAGAGCAAGCUUAAACUGCUGGAGAAGCUGCCAAAACUGAAGCCUGUAGACAAAGAAUCUGAGGUGACAAUAAAGUUCCCAGAUGGCUUUGAGAAGUUCUCGCCUCCCAUCUUGCAGCUGGAUGAAGUGGACUUUUACUAUGAGCCUGAUCACUUCAUUUUCCGUGGCCUCUCAGUCUCUGCUGACCUUGACUCCCGCAUCUGUGUGGUCGGGGAAAAUGGAGCUGGGAAGUCUACUAUGCUGAAGAUCCUGAUGGGAGAACUGGCACCCGUACAGGGAAUUAGGCAUGCCCACAGGAAUCUGAAGAUUGGCUAUUUUAGUCAGCACCAUGUGGAUCAGCUCGAUUUGGACAUCAGUGCCACAGAAUUAUUAGCAAAGAAAUUCCCAGGGAAGACAGAGGAAGAGUACCGUCAUCAACUGGGCUGCUAUGGAGUCUCUGGAGAGCUAGCCGUCCGUCCUGUUGCCAGCCUGUCUGGAGGCCAAAAGAGCAGAGUAGCUUUUGCCCAGAUGACCAUGCCAUGCCCUAACUUCUACAUCCUGGAUGAACCAACGAACCACCUUGACAUGGAAACCAUUGAGUCCCUGGCAAAGGCACUCAAUGCUUUCCGGGGCGGUUUGAUCCUCGUUUCUCAUGAUGAACGUUUCAUCCGGUUGGUGUGCCAAGGGCUGUGGGUCUGCGGAGAAGGUACAGUGAAACGUAUCGAAGGUGGCUUUGAUGAGUACAGAGACAUCCUUCAAGAACAGUUCCGGAAAGAGGGAUUUCUAUAAAGCAGAUGCCCGGCGGUGUGCAUGAGCUGGUUUGGGGCGGAAGCUGCUGCCCGGCAGCUCUCAUCCUUCCUGAUGAUGCAGCAGGGAUUCCACCUCCAUCAUCGUAUGAACAUCAGCUGUCCAGUCUCCUGUUGGGUCAAAGCUUCCAUCCCCCUGAAACCAACUCCUACCUGCUGGGGAAUGCCGAGGGGAAGAGGAAGGAGAACCUUGCUGCUGUGGGAUGUGUGCCAAGUCUCUGCUGGGCAGGGACCAAAAGACAGCCAAGAGAAAGGUGGGCGUGUUCAGUGCUGCUUUAGUGAAGGAGGGCAGGAGGGGAGAGGGAUCUGCUGUCAGGCAGUCCUUCCUCUCCUUCCGCCUGUCUGUAAGGUUGAACCCCUGCUGCACUUGUGCUCAGUGAGCAUCGGAAGGUUUGGGGGUGUAAGCGCUGCUAAAUGUUGCACAUUUGAAUAGCUUUUCCAGGAAGUGGGCUGGGACUCCAGGCUCACCUUUGUAACGGUCGGUCGGGAUGAGGGGCUUUCCUUCUCUCCUUCCACCCUGUGAAGAGUCUCAGCUCCUUCAUUUAACUGUCAGACACACAAGCCAGAGCCUCUUACGAAGCACUUCUGGUUUUCAUAGCUUGGCCUUAACAUUUCUCUUUCUUUUUCUACUCAGAAGGUGAUGCCUUUGCGUGCUAAAAGGGAUCCCUCUUUCCCUUCACACUUAGAAGGGAGGGGUAGCUCGGAUCCUUAUGGUGGAAGUGGAAGAAAUGCAAGAUUAUUUCCACUCUGCCAGAAGGUGGCAAUCUUGAUCUUUCUGCGGUUGGGCUUCUGCCUUAAGGGUGCCACAUACCCACACCAGUCUCUGGCCUUCCAAUGGAGGCCUGAACUCCAUGCAGGACUGAGGUCUCUCCCAGCUAACACACCAUGUCUUGGUAAUUGAAAUGGUUUUAUCUUGAAGGUAAACUCUGUGUUCAUCAGCAUUGAGGUUGCUCUGUAAAUAAAACGGGCUUUCUCUGGCUUUGGACUUCA